ACCUAGCGCCUUUUUCUUUCACCUUUUUUUUUUCUAUUAUUUCAUUUCAUAUUUGAUUUUUUUUUCCUUUAUCUAAUCAUUUGGUUAUGUUUUUUUGCAGGCCACAAAGUAUACUGUUGGUUCAUCAAAUUACAUUCCAGUUAAAUUUUUCGGGCCAAAUUCUUCCAAUGGCAAGUGGCCAAGAAGCACAUUCCUCAAAUUCUUCUAACUCCAAUUCAGCCCAGAAUUGUAAGUAUGAUGUUUUUCUAAGUUUUAGGGGUGAAGACACUCGUAGAAACUUUACAGAUCACUUGUAUUCUGGGCUAUGCAAGACAGGCCGAUUUAAAGUCUUUAGAGAUGAGGAAGAGCUUGAGAGGGGAGAAAUUAUCUCGGAGAAACUCCUAAAAAUCAUUGAGCAAUCUCGCUUUGCAAUUGUUAUUGUGUCCGAAAAUUAUGCCUCUUCUUCAUGGUGCUUAGAUGAGCUCCAACAUAUUAUUUUUACCUCUAGAUCAAAUGAACUGCAUCUGCGAGUUUUUCCCAUCUUUCAUCAUGUAGAUCCUUCUCAAGUAAGAAAGUUAGAAGGAAGUUUCGGUGAAGGUUUUGAUAGCCUUAAAGAGAGGUUCGACAAUGACAAGGUCGAAAAAUGGAGAGAUUCUCUAAAACAACUUGCUGCUUUAGCUGGUUGGGUAUCCAAGGAGUGGUACGAAUCAAGACUAGUUGAUGAUGUGGUUGAAAAGUUAUCGGACAAAAUUUAUGGUAAGUUUCCACAUACCAGCAGUGACAAACUAAUUGGUAUUGACAGGAGAAUUCAUGAAAUAGAAGAAUUACACUUGAAGAAUUAUAAGAACCUUGAUGAUGUUAAGUUUGUAGGAAUUUGGGGUAUGGGCGGAGUUGGCAAGACAGCUCUUGCAGGAGCUAUUUAUGAGAAAUUGCAUGACGAAUUUGACUUUCAUUGUUUUCUCGCCAAUGUUAGGGAGGAUUCAGAAAGAUGUGGCCUGUUUAGCUUGCAAAAAAGAUUGCAUUCACUUCUCAGGGGAAAAAACAAUGAAACCGAGGAUACGUUCGUAGUAAGAAAUAUAAUACAAGAACAUUUCCGCGAGAGAAAGGUUAUGCUUAUCCUAGAUGAUGUAACUUCUAGCGAACAAAUAACGGAGUUAGCUAGGCGAGAGUGGUUUGGUGCUGGGAGUAGGGUUAUUAUAACUACUAGAGACUUCCACUUACUUAGAUCACAUGAUGUGGGCUCAAUAUAUGAGGUUCAACCUAUGAACGAGGAUGAAUCUCUUCGACUCUUUUGUCAAAAAGCAUUUAGAAGAGAUUACCCUGAAGAGGCUUUUUUGGAGAAGUCUAAAUUAGCUAUAAAUUAUGCAGAAGGCCUUCCUUUGGCUCUCCUUGCAUUGGGUUCCUUCUUUUGUGGAAAAAGUGUAGAUGAAUGGGAAAGUGCUCUGGAUAUGUUGAAGGAAGAUUCAAAUAAUCAAAUUUUUCAGAAACUCAAAAUAAGUUUUGAUGCAUUAUGCCCUGCAGAAAAGGCAAUAUUUUUAGAUAUUGCAUGUUUUUUUAAUAAGUGGGGAAUAAAUGAAGUAAGGCAGAUAUUGAAUAAUUGUGGUCUUCACGCACCAAUUGGAAGACUCGUUGAAAAAUCUUUGGUAGCUGAAGUUGAGAUUGGCAAUGCCAAGUAUAUAAAGAUGCAUAGUUUGAUUCAAGAUAUGGGUAGGAGUAUUGUUUGGGAGGAAUCUCCUAAAAAGGUUGAAGAGCGCAGCAGAUUGUGGUGUGCCAAGGAAAUUGAUGAAGUACUAGCAAAAAAUAAGGGAACUAAUGUGACAGAAGGUGUGGUUUUGCCUUUCUUUGACGAAGAUGAAACAGAGAGGAAGGAAGGCGUGGCUUUGCCAAGUAGCUUUGACAGAAUUCAGAAACGGUGGAUUCGAACGGCCUUUUCAAAAAUGGGAAGCCUUCGAUUACUCGUCAUAUCAUGUAACGUUCACCUUCUCUCAGGUCUCAAAGACUUACCUCGCGAGUUGAAAGUUCUCGAUUGGUAUGAAUAUCCUCUAGAAAGUCUCCCGUCGGGUGCAAAACUAGAUGAACUCAUAUACCUCAAACUGCAAAAUACCAAAAUAAAGCGACUGGGGCAUGGUUGCAGUAUGGAUAACCUGAAGUUUUUGGACUUGAGCCAUUCCAAACACCUCACUGGAACUCCAGAUUUUUCAAAAUUUCAAAAACUUCAUAGAUUAGUUCUUGAAGGAUGCCAAAAGCUCGUUCGCAUUCAUCCUUCGCUUGGCCAGCUCCAUAGUCUUGUUGAGAUAAAUUUUAGAGAUUGCAAAAAUCUUAAAUACCUUCCAAGAGAGCUGAAAAUAGCAUCUCUGGAAGUAUUUGUUCUUUGUGGCUGCACUAAAGUUAAAAAACUUCCAAAUUUUGGGGAAUGCAUGGGAAAUCUCAAAGUUCUUGAUGUUAAGGAGACAGGUAUAGCCAAACUUCCUGAGUCACUGGUAUCCCUAAUUAAUCUAGAAACUUUGGAUUUAAGGGGUUGCCAAAAUCUUGUUGGCCUUCCCCAUGACAUUCACAAAUUGAGGCGCCUGAAAGUUUUGGAUAUUUUUGGAUGCUCAAAAUUUUCUGAACUACCAAAAAACUUGGAAAAAAAUGAAGCUUUAGAAAAGCUUGAUGCAAGCAGAACAGCUAUCAUAGAAGGACCUCCUUCUAUUGGUUAUAGGACGUCAUUUCAUCAAUGGAGAAGACCAAAAUCCAAAUCAUUGAUCACGCCGCGACCUACAUUUAUCUUUAGAAUUAAAUCACUUAGAGAAUUAGAUCUCAGCGGGUGCAAUAUUCCUGAUGGAUUCAUUCUGGAAGAUCUCGGUCACUUGUCAUUGUUGAGGAAACUAGAUCUAAGUGGCAACAAGUUUGAGAACCUACCGUAUGGCUGCAUGUCGAGUCUGUCGAAUUUACAAUUUCUAUAUUUGAAUUCCUGCUCGAUGCUUCUAUCGUUGCCCAGACCUCCACCUAGUUUAGAUCUAGUGGAUGCGGGAGGUUGUACCUCAUUGUCAACUUUGUCGGAUGAAAGCUUAUUGCAUCUCUUGGAUUCAGUGAAUCAGAAUGGACAAUACGCGGAAAGCAUAUCACAUAGUUUGGAUGCUGACUCAAGGGCAUCACUGUCAAUUAAAACCUUUUCGGUCACUAUUCCAGGGAGUGAAAUACCAUCUUGGUUUCAGAGCCAAAAAUCCCUUCGCCUGAAUGAGGAAGGUGAAAGGUCAAUCAUCGUUGACGUCCCUUCUUCUGAUUGGCUUGGAUUUGCAUUAUGCAUUGUCCUAGAAAAUGAUAUGUUUUAUUCCACUGAAGCCUUCCAAAAUGCAUUUUGCUGGCGCUAUUAUUUUGCUAAAGCUUCCGAUGAUCAGUUCGUGUUCUUGCAAGAAAGAGAUCGAAAACUGGAGAAGCCAAUAAAUUCUCCCCACCUUUGGAUAUUGUUUGUGAAGGUUGGGAAGCAAACUUGCUCGAGUUUAUCAACGGAUUAUAGCCGGCUUCACUUGAAAUUUGACGCUGAAAUUGAAAGGAAAGAUGAACUCAAAGUUUGGUGCGGGUGGCGGGUCAUGAGCGAGACGGAUUUUGAAAGGCUCCGCUUAGCAAUGGAAUUGCACGUCGACCAUCAAGAAAACGCAAGCUGCUCUGAAGCUCAGGAGGGAGGACAACCUAGUUUGUCACCAAGUGAUCAGAACUUAAAUGAUUCACGGGCACAAUUCAUCACUAACGAUGCAAGCCUACUCAAUGGAACGCCACCCGACACUAUCGAGUCACCUUCUCCCUCGAACAGCCUUCAACGUGGGCCAUCUGAGAGAGCGACUACUAGUCAGGAAGCAACAAAUCCCACCGAUGAUUCAAUUGAAGGUAAACAAUUUCAUAUUUCUGUCCCAAAGCAGAAUCUUUCGUGCGAGAUAAUUAAUUCUGCUGAGGAAGAUGAAGCUUCCCCGCCAGGCCCACCCGCCAAAAGAUCAUUCAUCAGGAGAUAUAUGAUGAAAUUUCCUAAGUGUCUGACUUGAACGACGCUGAGUUUCUAGAAAUUUAUAAUAUGCUUAUUCAUCAUGAUGAACGAAAGCAUGAGGUAUUAGUUUAAGGCUCUUGGACAUCCUGAAUUAAGAAAAGCAUAGCUAUCAAUGUAAAUUAACAAACAAUAAAUUUGUAAUCUUUCUAAACCUUCGAGACAAAAUCAUUAAUUAUGGUAGCUUAGCAAUGCGUUACGCUUGUUUCAAUUGUGAAUUGUUAAUGGAACUGCUUUUGGAGAUAUAA